GGAUGCCCACGUCUAGUCCCGCUUUUCUCCUCAGACACUGACAGUCGAACUUGUAGAAUUGUUCCCCCUCAAAGUCAAGUAGGAGAAGAGCGUUUUACAGGAGGUUCGGGGCAUCGUUGCCAUUCAAUUUGUUGGUCAAAUCUUGGUUGGUCGACUUUGACGACAAAUUUCCGAUUGCUGCCACGCUCGGACGGCAAGACUCUCUUGGCACUUCUGUGCUCUCGUAUCAUGGCCAAGCAAAAACAUGUUCAACCCGACUAUACUCCUCCUAGGCCAAGACGCAAUAAUCGUCGACAUACACCUGCAUUGCAAUAUUACCCGUCUUCUUCUGUAUUAUCGAUCCUUGCUACUAUCGCUGCCAGCUCGCAAACAGUAGACGGAAGUCCACUCCCGCUACCGACUCCGCCUCCUUCUUUCCUAUGUCCCUUUAUAGAGGAGCAUGACACUCUUCACCCUCGUGACUUAUCACCCACAAUAACCACCACUUCUACCAGUACUUCCAUAUCAUCAUAUCCUAAAUCCACAAAAUAUAAACCCGUACAAGUGGCCGACAGAUACGUUCAAGGAGUUGACGGUCGCUGGUACAAGGCAGAAGCCUGGACUUUGUUUGGUUCAACAUCGACGUCUUCUGACCUUACCGUCAGUACAACGCAGUCUACUCAAGCUACCGGUUCCGCGCAAAUCGAUUCCAUGCUUCCUGCAGGUUGGACCACAACAUCCACUAGUGAUCGCACCGAUUCUAUCAUUAUCCUGUCACUAGCCAUACUCUUGGCAGUGUCAAUUUGCGUCUUCAUUAUUGGCUGUAUCAUUUGGAGACGGAGACGGAAGAAACGGUCAAACAGAGAGAAGAAAUUGAAUGACUUGGAACUGAAGGCUAGACAUAAAGCGAACAUAGAGGAUGCAUCAGAGGACGGUGAGAGGGAGAUUGAGGCUCGUGGCAAGCUUCGCUUAUGGGCGAAGGCGAGCGCUCGAUGGAAGGCCAACAUUCGACAUUCUGCUCGUCGACGCAGGAAUCGACGUCACGGCUUCUCGUCGGGGUUGCUAAGUCGACCUCAAUCUCCGAUAUCGACAGAAGCUCGCGAGGAGCCCAUCCUUCCCUCCUCCCCAGUCUUAUCCCGGCGGCAUUCAAUAGUACCCGUCUCUGAAGAUAAUGAUCUCCAUCCCUCUACCAUUGAGAAUUCUCCCACUCCCACACGACCACCUUCUACAUCACCCAUCCCAUCCAGCUCACGCAUCGUUUCGUUACCUCCUGCAUACAUGUUUCCCGCACCGCAAAUGCGUGAGAACGAAGAACGUUCUCAGGAGCCCUCGGAUACAACUUCGAGCGAUGCAACAUCACGGCGAGGGUCACUGCUCUUCGGUCGCCAUGACUUUACACCUGCACCCGAGGAUGACGAUAUUUCUUACCGUCCCAGCUUUGUUGGGCAUGUUGCUACUGAUGACAAGGCGCAUCUCGCUCGUAUGGCGGAGUUGGCCAGCGUGCCGCCCAUCAACGGAGAUGACACUCACGCCAGUUCCUUAGCGGUUCAUGAAUCUGCUCCUGAAUGGCAUGAUGAUCUCGAAUAUCCCCCUUCCUCUCCAACCACUGUUGGGCCCUCCGCGACUUCUCCAUUCGAGGUUGGUACUCCCGGCUUCCCAAUACCGCCCUCGAAGAGUGUUAUGUCAUCCGGAUACUUUGACAGGCACAGCUAUUUGGAGGACAUCGCCACCUUAGAUCCUUCCGCGUUACCUUGCAUGCCCCCGUACGAGGCUGGGUCAAACCUCGUUCCCUUUGAGGAGACACUGCACGCUUCUGCUCCUCCAAUAUCGGAGGAUGACCAAGCUUUUGAGCAUUGGGAAGGCACUGCUCCCGAAGUAUCUGAUAUCUACAGUGACGAGUGUGACACCCACAUUCCUUCUUCUGCUUCCCGGCCCUCGUUGUCCAGUUCUCAAGCUUCCGCUCCGCAUGAUCAGGUUAUUAGCAUGGAUGGCGCACUCCCAAUAUACCGACGCUAGCUAGUAGUGGGUUUUUGAUCCACUUUGCAGACAUUUUGGGAUGUUCGUCUAUUUGUAGUGUACCAUAUACCUAAUUAUCAUCCUGUCAUGGACUUGCCACUUGCACAAUACAAUGUUGUUGUUUAGUUUUGCAGUAAUGGUGCAAACCCUCGAGGGGUCGUUGAUG